AGAAGUGCAGUGCUUAACACAGAAGCCCGCACUGUAGAAGCGGAUGUCCUGAGCCGCCGCUGCAUCAUGAUGAGGCUGGUGGAUUUCUCCUAUGAGCAGUACCAGAAGGCUCUCCGCCAGUCAGCUGGUGCUGUGGUGAUCAUCUUGCCGCGAUCUAUCUCUUCUGUCCCACAGGAUGUUGUAAGGCAAUUCAUGGAGAUAGAGCCAGAAAUGCUUGCUAUGGAAACCAUUGUGCCAGUCUACUUUGCAGUGGAAGAUGAAGAGCUGCUGUCUAUCUAUGAACAAACACGGGCUGCUUCUGCAUCGCAGGGUUCUGCCUCAGCUGCAGAAGUUCUGCUGCACACAGCGACUGCCAAUGGCUUCCAGAUGGUGACCAGCGGGGCUCAAAGUAAAGCUAUCAAUGACUGGCUCAUACCCAGCGUGGAGGGAAGGCUAACGGGGCUGGGUGGAGAUGAUCUGCCCACUGUUGUGAUAGUUGCCCACUAUGAUUCUUUUGGAGUGGCUCCGUGGCUGUCACAUGGUGCUGACUCCAAUGGCAGUGGUAUCUCAGUGCUACUGGAACUAGCCAGGCUGUUUUCCCGGCUCUACACCUACAGACGUACCCAUGCUGGGUAUAACUUGCUGUUCUUUGCAUCUGGAGGUGGCAAGUUUAAUUAUCAAGGAACAAAGCGGUGGCUGGAAGAUAAUUUGGACCACACUGAUUCCAGCCUGCUGCAGGACAACGUAGCAUUUGUUCUCUGCCUGGAUACUCUGGGCCGAGGCAAUAGCCUUCAUCUCCAUGUCUCAAAGCCGCCCAAGGAGGGGACCUUGCAGCAUGCAUUUCUGAGAGAACUGGAGAUGGUUGUUGCCAGCCAGUUCCCAGAGGUGAAGUUUUCCAUGGUGCACAAGAAGAUAAAUUUGGCUGAGGACAUGCUGGCGUGGGAACAUGAGCGUUUUGCAAUCCGGCGCUUGCCAGCAUUCACCAUCUCCCAUCUGGAGAGCCACCGGGACAGCCUGCGCAACAGCAUCAUGGAUAGGAGGGCACGAAUAGACACUAAGGCACUAACCAGGAAUACUAGGAUCAUUGCUGAGGCUUUGACAAGGGUCAUCUACAACCUAACAGACAAGGGAGCACCUGCAGAUCUGCAGAUCUUCACGGAUCAGAUGCAGGUCCAGCAGGAGCAACUGGAGUCUGUGAUGGACUGGCUGAGCAGUCAGCCCAGGGCUGCCCAGCUGAUUGAUAAAGACAGCACCUUCCUCAACACCUUAGAAUAUUAUAUGGGUCGCUACCUGAAGGAUGUCAAACAGCAUCAUGUAAAGGCAGACAAACGGGAUCCUGAAUUUGUUUUCUAUGACCAGCUAAAACAGGUGAUGAACGCAUACAGGGUCAAACCAGCAAUCUUUGACCUGCUUCUGGCUGUCUGUAUUGCAGCCUACCUUGGUGUUGCCUAUAUUGCAGUGCAGCACUUUGGUCUCCUAUACAAGAUGAUACAGAGAUUAUCCCUUAAAACCAAGCAGCAGUGAAGCAACGAGUCAUCACCCAUACAGCAGCACUGAGCCACCGGUGAGCCCAUCAGGAACCUUCUGCCUUCUAUUGAAUCCUACUGUUUCUCUUCCUCUGUCUCCUCUUUGCUACUUUACAGAGGAGAGGAAGGCAGAAAGAACAUGAAAUUUUAACUCUUGUGCAACUUUUAAGUGCUUUUCUUCACCUUCACCUGACUUGCACCAUGUCUGUUUUCCUUUGCUUUUUGGCAAGGGAGAGGCUCAGAGACUUCAGUAAUUCUUGCAGGUUGUUUAAACACUGAACGGCUGAUUCUGAGCAGCUUGGAGUGUAAAACCAAGUCCAGCACCUUCAUGGGCACAUGUGCUAUACAGCCAACUUGAAAACUGAAACUAUAGACUAGAGUGACAUGUUAUCUCUGCCCAGCAAACAAGAACUCAGAGCAGUUGUUUAAAAAAAA